GUUCUCUGGGCCCAGCGCUCCUCUGUGGCUGACGCUACUAAGAACUUCAUCUACCUGACCAUCUCCGUCCCCGACGUCCCCAAAGAAGACCUGCAGCUGGACCUGAAGCCUACCGGCGUGACCUUCACCGGCACCUCAUCUACCCUUAAGAAGAAGUACCAUGUCGAGCUUGAGCUCUACGCCGAGAUCGACCCCGCUGAGAGCCGUGUUAACCACACUGCCAAGAACAUUGAGAUGAAGCUGCAGAAGAAGGAGCUCAAGGAGGAGUACUGGCCGCGGUUGCUCAAGGUUGCCCAGAAGCUCCACUUCCUCAAGACCGACUUCGACAAGUGGGUUGAUGAGGAUGAGCAGAACGAGGCUGCUGAUGAGGACAUGGCCAAGUUUGGAGAUAUGGGUGACACCACUCUGCUCGACCACCCCCUUUAUUCUCGACUCUGCAAUCGUUCAAAGGCUAACUAUUCUUGCUCUUUAGGCGGCGACUUUGGCGGAAUCGACUUCUCCAAGCUGGGAGGCGGCGCUGGCGGCAUGCCCGACAUGAGCGGCAUGGGCCUGGAGGGCAUGCCCGACCUCAGCAGCUCUGGAGUCCCCGAGUCCGACUCUGAGGAUGAAGACGAGGACAUGCCCGGGCUUGAGGGUGACGAGGAAAAGAAGGCCGAGGGCGAGGCCGCACCAAAGGCGUAA